AUGGCAACGCCACUAGUUCGCGCCAAAUUACCAACUUCCAAAAUUUUGCCGUUCUCAUUCCAACUCUCGCUCGCCAUUAUACCUACAACCAGUUCUUUGAUUUCCUAUAUUUGUUUGUUUGGAACAAAAAGAAAUUCUUUUUCGACCACUCCUACUUCCAAUUCUUUGCUCUCUUUCCAUCUAAGAAAUGGAAGAAUCAAUGAAGCUCGAUCAUUAUUUAAUAAGAUAUCGUCCCCUGGUGUUAAGUUAUACACUAUGAUGAUUGAGGGUUAUGCAGAAAACGGUAGGCUUGAGGAUGCCCUGAAACUGUUCUAUGAAAUGCCUGUGAAGGAUCUGAUUUCGUGGAAUUCUAUGCUCAAAGGGUGUCUCAAAUGCGGGGAUUUAAGUAUGGCUUGUAACAUGUUCGACAAGAUGUCUGAAAGGAAUGUUGUUUCUUGGACGACGAUUAUUAAUGGGUUGCUGGAGUUUGGGAGAGUUGAGAUUGCUGAGUGCUUGUUCAGGGUGAUGCCCACUAAGGAUGUAGCUGCCUGGAAUUCAAUGGUUCAUGGAUUUUUUAGUAAUGGUAGAAUUGAAGAUGCUAUAGAGUUGUUUGAGAAAAUGCCUUAUAGGAAUGUGAUUACAUGGACUUCGGUCAUUGGUGGGCUUGACCAUAAUGGAAGGAGUUUUGAAGCUCUAGUUGUUUUCCAGAAAAUGUUGGCUUCCUAUUUCAAACCCUCUUCAAGCACAUUGGCCUGUGCAUUGACAGCUUGUGCAAACAUAUGUGCUCCCUUCAUAGGUGUACAGAUUCAUGGUCUAAUUUUUAAGACUGGUUAUUGCUUUGAUGAGUAUGUAUCUGCUUCCCUUAUAUCAUUUUAUGCCAACUGCAAGCUUAUAGAGAAUGCUUCUAGCAUUUUCAAUGAUAACGUGCGUAGAAAUGUUGUGGUCUGGACAGCUCUUUUGACAGGAUAUGGAUUGAACUGUAAGCACACAGAUGCCUUGCAGGUUUUCAAGGGCAUGAUGAGGAUGAGUGUACUUCCCAAUCAGUCUUCUUUUACUAGUGCUCUCAAUUCAUGUUGUGGUUUAGAGGCUGUUGAUAGAGGCCGGGAAGUUCAUGCUGUAGCCCAUAAGCUAGGUUUGGAAAAUGAUAUCUUUGUCAGUAACUCUCUUGUUGUCAUGUAUACCAAAUGUGGACACAUUAAUGAUGGGAUUGCUGUCUUCACAAGAAUGUCUAGAAAGAAUGUUGUGUCAUGGAAUUCGAUUAUUGUUGGAUGUGCACAACAUGGUUUUGGGAGGUGGGCUUUGACUCUAUUUGCUCAAAUGAUUCGUACGAGGGUGGAUCCAGACGAGAUUACGCUUGCAGGACUACUUUCUGCCUGUAGCCAUUCUGGGAUGUUAACAAAAGGUAGAUGCUUUUUCAAACAUUUUGGCAAAAACUUUUGUAUUGAGAUGACAAGUGAGCACUACUCUUCUAUGGUCGACCUCUUAGGUCGAUGUGGCCAAUUGGAAGAAGCGGAAGCGUUAAUUCAUAUCAUGCCUGGUAAAGCAAACUACAUGGUGUGGCUCGCAUUGCUUAGCAGUUCCAUCAACCAUUCAAAUGUGCAUACAGCUGAAAGAGCAGCAAAACAUGUGUUGGAUCUACAACCAAACUGUAGUGCUGCUUAUACAUUACUCUCAAAUUUGUAUGCUUCUACUGGAAAAUGGACUGAAGUCUUCAAAAUAAGGAAAAAGAUGAAAGAUGAAGGGAUUUUAAAACAACCUGGAAGUAGCUGGAUUACAAUCAAAGGAAUCAAGCACAAUUUCAUUUCGGGAGAUCAGUCGCAUCCAUUGAGCAGAAAGAUAUACCAAAAGCUGGAAUGGCUUGGUGGAAAGUUGAAGGAACUGGGUUAUGUGGCUGAUCCUAAAUUCUCAUUGCACGACGUCGAGAUGGAGCAAAAGGAAGAGAUGCUGUCUUAUCAUAGUGAGAGACUUGCUAUUGGGUUUGGAUUAAUCAGUACAGUUGAUGGUAGUACAAUUACAGUAAUGAAAAACCUCCGUAUCUGUGGCGAUUGCCAUAAUGCUGUCAAGCUUACAUCAAAAGUCGUUGGUCGCGAGAUCGUCGUAAGAGACACGAGCCGCUUUCAUCACUUUCGUAAUGGAACCUGCUCUUGUGGAGAUUACUGGUAGCAACUGCGGUGGUUCAAAACAUGUUUAGAUAAUGAAUUCCAUAAUUCUGAAAAGAUCAUGGUCACAUGAAGAGGAAGAAAACAACAUAAUCAAUUAUACCAACCACUUUGAGAGUAUAUCCUCAUGAAGCAGAACGAGAAACUAGAACCUUCAAGCACUUAAAAAAGGAGAGUUUUUUGGACUUUCGAAGGGAUGGAUACAGGUUAUAAAGCUAUAUAUCAACAGAUGAAUCUCGAAGAAAAACAGUGUAAAAGAAUCCAGUGAACUGAACGAUCCUAAAUCAGAUUUCACUUUGAAUUAAACCCUAGAAAUUCGCAAGAUGACGGUUACAGAGAGAGAAGAAGAAGGUAAUUCAUCCAACACGAAUAUCGUAGAAAUCAAGAAGGAACCAGUAGAAUUUGAUCAAGAAGAACAAGACGGUAUCGACGCUCUGUUGAACUUAGCGUUGAAGGAUGGCUGUUUCUCUGAUGAUCAACUUCAAAUAGAUAAUGAGGAGGAAGAUACCGAAGAAUCGGAGAGGUCAACGAAACGAACAAGAACCGCUGAAUCGGACGAAGCAGAAUCAUUAGCGAUAAAGAAUACAGGGAAUUUUGAGGCAAAUCAACCUGAAUUGGGAAUGGAUCCUCUUGAAGUAAUGGAGGAAAUCGUAUUGAAAUAUCACGACUUUAUUAACGAAAUCUACCAAAUGUUGAAAGAUGAUCAGAAAGAUGAACAGAAAGAUGAACAGAAAGAUGAACAUAAGAAAGUAAAAAUCCAAUGGCAGAAAUGGCGAGGUAUUCUUGACAGAGGAAAUCUGUUGGUUGAGGUUCUGAAUCGAAGUUUGAAAACAGUGGAAAUAGAAAUGGAAUGGAUGAAAUCCAUAGAAGGAUUACAUAGAGAAUAUUCUAUAAGAAGAACCCAUGUUCCUGAUCUAUUAGCUUUACUUCGAGACAUAAAUGAGCGUAUAGAAUUAUCACCUCAUUUCAAGGCAGUUUCAGACAUGAAGAAAAGGGAUGAAGUGUUACCAAUGUGUUUAGAUGAACUUGAGACAUCCAAGGAAGAAUUGACUGAAAUGGUUGAAGUAAUCCAAGAACUGAAGGUAUUAGAUUUAGAUAAGGAUGAAGCUGUAGAAGAUGGAGAACGGGAAGAAAUAGGAAUUGAUGAGAUAGAAAAAGUUAAUGCAGAAUUUGAUGAAGUGCUAAAAGAAAUAGGUAUAGAACUUGAUAUGGAACAGAACGGUUAGUAAUGGUAGUACAAAAAUUUUGCAACUUUUCUACAAUUUGAUCUUUCAAAA